UGCAUGUAGGCUACAUAAGGCCAGACAAAGCACUCUCCAUUGUUCAGUUGCAUUUUGGGAGUCCCAUUGUUCUGUUCAUCACCCAUCUCCUCCAGCUCCAGCUAUGGCACCCAAGAAGGCAAAGAAGAAGUCAGCGGACUCUAACUCCAAUGUGUUUUCGAUUUUUGAGCAGUCUCAGAUCCAGGAGUUCAAGGAGGCCUUCACCAUCAUGGACCAGAACAGAGAUGGAUUCAUUGACAAAAAUGACCUGAGGGACACCUUUGCUGCACUGGGGCGGCUCAACGUGAAGCAGGAGGAGAUAGAUGAGAUGCUGAAAGAGGCAUCCGGCCCCGUCAACUUCACCAUCUUCCUCACCAUGUUCGGGGAGAAGCUGAAAGGCGCUGAUCCAGAGGAGACUAUCCUCAAUGCUUUUAAAGUAUUUGACCCCGAAGGAAAAGGGGUCCUGAGGAAGGACUUUGUGACAGAGAUGCUGACGACACAAGCGGACAGAUUUUCUCCUGAAGAGAUGGAGCAGAUGUUUGCAGCCUUCCCACCAGACGUGGCAGGAAAUCUAGACUACAAAAACCUUGUGCACGUCAUCACACACGGAGAAGAGAAGGACCAGGAGUAACGGAACUCCCUGCUCCUUCAGCGUGUCUGUCAGUCAUAGAAAUACAAGCUCUUAGACAAGAGAUAAUCUAGCGCUUCUAUUUCUCUGGUCGAAACACCUAUCGGCAGUCAUCUAUCAUCUCCAGGCUCCAUCCACGGUCCUGUGCGCUUGCCCCGCCCACUUACAUAAUCAGAUCAGGUGAAGCUCCACAGUGGAAGGGGAGGAAAAGGAACAGAGGGAAACUCACUGGCCUCUGCCUCCUACAAACGGCUCAAGACACUUUUCAACUGGCCUCCUUUUGUGAUGCAUUACGUUUGCCGCUCAUCAGCACUGGUUAAGUCAGUGUUUUCCAAACUGUCCUCGGGAUCCUAAGGGGUGCACGUUUUGGUUUUUGCCUGUAACAUUACACAGCGAAUUCAAAUGUCCAGAGCAUGAUGACUAGUUGAUUAUUUGAAUCAGUUGUGUGGUGCUAGGGCAACAAAAAAAAACAUACACCACUUGGGGUCCCGAGGACCGAGUUUGGGAAACGCUGCGUUAAGCCAACUGUCAAGCCAAUUGUGUGUAAAUGGUUGAAUUCAGGCUACAGCUAUUAUACAAUCUGAUCACUGUCCAAUAAAUCACUUUAACUCA